AUGACGCUCAUGGAAUUCGUCGGGUGUACGUUGCUGGCGUUCGGUCCACCUUUUUCAAUGUUCAUCGUAACAAUCGCCCACGAUCCAGUGCGAAUCAUUAUCAUGAUCGCGGCCGCCUUCUUCUGGCUGCUCUCACUGCUCACCUCUUCACUCUGGUGGUUCAUAGUCGUGCCCCUGCGCGGGGAACUCGCCUUCGGCCUUGUAUUCUCCGUGAUCUUCCAAGAAGCAUUCCGCUGUCUCACCUAUCUCAUCAUUCGACGCGCCGAAAACGGUCUGAAGAAGAUCACAGAUGACAGCACCCAACUGAUUGAAAACAAACACAUCUUAUCCUAUGUGAGUGGUUUUGGCUUUGGCCUCAUCAGUGGGAUGUUCUCACUAGUCAACGUGGUCGCCGAUUCCAUUGGGCCCAGUACCAUGGGCUUAAAAUCGGGCAGCGAACAGUUCUUCAUUACCAGCUCAGCACUGUGCUUAUGCUUCAUCCUGCUGCACACAUUUUGGAGCAUCAUCUUCUUUGAUGCACUGGACACUAGUAAUCUGAUGCAGAUUGUGUAUGUGGUUUUGACUCAUAUGCUUGCAUCAUGUAUUACAUUAUUCAAUAGGUAUGAGGUGUAUAGUGCUACCUUACUGCCAAUCUACUGCAUUCUGGUGGUGACUGCAAUGAAUGCAUUUAAGGUAGCUGGCGGGUCAAGGAGCUCUCUAAAAAGGGUCCUAUUGUGUGCUUGAAUAAGAUUAAUUAAAAAUUAAAUUAUGUAUAGCUUUUAUAUCAACUUAUUAUGUAAUAUGUAUUAAUUUUAAUAAAAUUAAAUCAUUCCUUAACCAUAAA